UCGCCUUUUCAGAUAUUCAAAAUCAAAAUGCAAAACCUUUCUUUUUCGGUCCAAGAAAAUCAAAACCCACCUCAUUUCUUCAUAAAUUCCCCAAAACUCCGUUUCGUUUCUUCAGAAAUUCUUGAGAAACCCUAGCAAUCUAUCUCUUUAUCGAAGGGAAUGAUCACCAUGGCUGAUGAAAAUGAGAAGAAAAUCCCUGUAUUCACAGUCCUGAAGAACAACGCCAUUCUCAAGAACAUCUUCGUGAUCGACCAACCACCGCCGGGGAUCUCCGAACCGGAAAGACCAGAGCACGUAUUGGAAGAGAUCUUGAUGGUUGGAAGACACCCAGAUUGCAACAUCAUGUUGACACAUCCAAGCAUCAGCAGAUUCCACCUUCAAAUAUAUUCAAACCCCACGUUGCAGAAGCUCUCUGUGAUGGAUUUAUCAUCUGUACAUGGGACUUGGGUUUCGGAGAAGAAGAUCCAACCGCGUGCUCGAGUUGAACUUAAAGAGGGCGAUACAAUAAGGUUGGGCAGCUCUAGCAGGAUCUAUAGGCUGCAUUGGGUUCCUUUGAGCCAGGCCUAUGAUUUAGAAAACCCAUUUGUGUCAGCGUCAGAUGUGUUGAUGGAAGAAGAGAAAGAAGAUGAAAUUUAUCAGGAUGUGAGUUCAUUUUCUGUUGACAGUAAGGAAAUUCAAUCACAUCAUCCAGUUCUGAAGGGCAUGGAAUCUUUCUUUUCUGAUGAGAAUUGUGAACCAUUUGUGGAGAAACCAAUUCCAUCUGCACCUCCAGAGCCGGAAAACAUGAAUUCUUCAGCUUCUGAUGAAGAAAAAACAGAAGGAGAAGGUCUUCCAGUAGUUGAGGCACUUGAAGAGAUAGAAAAUCAAAGUCCAUCAAGAAAAGAUUAUGAACAGACGGAGAUACUGGGUGCUGUGAAUUUGUUGCCUUCUGCAGAGGUUCUCUUGGAGACAAGAAAUGAACAAUUGGAUGAAAAAAUCAAGAGCCCACAACCUCUUUUUGUCUCAGAUGUAUUUUCUCAAGGAGAAACUCCAGUGGGUCUCCCAACAAAAUCCUGGCAAAAAUCUAAGUUGCUUGGAAGUCUGGAUUCGUCUGUUGCUGAUGAUAAAAUAGAAAUCCCAUUGGUAGCUGAAGUUCUUGAAGAAGUGGAAAACCAGAGCCCUCCAAGAAAAGGCUAUGAACAGAGAGAAGCCUCAGGCCUCCACUCCGUAGCUGUCACAACUGAAUCUGUCAAUUCGUCUGUCCCAGACAGGAAUAUUCUCUCUGAUAUUGGGAAUCAACAAUUUUGCAAUGAAAACCAGCCCCCUAAACCUCUUCCUGUGACCCUUGGACUGUCUGAUGAUGAAAAUCCAGAAAGUCCUCCAGUAAGAUUGGAGCAAAAAUCUAGUUUACCUAACAUAUGGUCAAGAAGAGGUAAGCCUGCUAGUGUUCUUCAGAUUCAAACAGGCAGGAGCACAAGAAAGAGCAUUGGUGAUGGUAAUGGUGCUAAAAUUAGAAAGCCAAAGCAGGAGGAUUUGGAAAAUAAACCAAUUUCGAGGGCUCUUUUCCCUAUGUUUGAUGGGGAAGAGACAGAAAUUUUUACUCCUAACAAAGAGAAUUUUUCACCAAAUACCCUUCUGCUGAAGUCUGUGAAUAAGAAGAAGGGCAUUCUAGAAGAAACUAAACAGUCCGCAUUGUGCAGAUCAUCAUCAUCUUCAAAGUUUUCCACUGGCCCCAACAAAUGUUCAGAAGAAGAUACGUCCACCUUUUCAGACAAAGAGAACCAGACACCUCAAGUUCUCCAAAUACGAAAAUCAGUAAGGCCCUCUCCUGAAAAUAGCUCUAGAAAUCGUGGAAAGUUGGAACAGGAGAUUAUGGUAAUGAAGAGAGGAGCAGAAAGGGUACCAUUUCAUUCUCUGCUUGAGAAUGCUGCUUGCAAAAGCAAGUCAGAAGUUUCAAUCCUUGGUGCUAAAAUUAGAAGCAGCAAUUCUGUCAACUGUACUGGAACCACAGGGAAUGCCACCAACUCUUCUUUUAACAAUUCUGCUGGAGAGGGAAAGAGAAGGUGGAACAUGGUAGUGGACGCUACUUGCCUUCUGAACAAAGAGUCGAGGAAGUCAUUACAGCUUUUACAAGGUCUCAAGGGAACUCAACUAAUCAUUCCAAGAAUGGUCAUUAGGGAGCUGGAUUGCCUGAAGCGACGAGGUAGUUUGUUUAGAAGAAUAUCAGAAGUUUCUUUGGUGUUGCAAUGGAUUGAGGAAUGUAUGGUGAAAACAAAGUGGUGGAUCCACGUUCAGAGCUCUAUAGAGGAAGGAAGGCCCAUCGCACCAACCCCUCCUGCUUCUCCUCCUCGAUUCAGUGAAGGAAGUGGGGGAUUCACCAGUGGGACGAUAAGCUCAGUGCCAUUUUCUGCCUGCGGGAGUUUAAUGGAAAUAGUUUCGCCAACUGCAGAAGACCAUAUCCUUGAAUGUGCUCUUUUCUUCAGGAGAAUAAAGAAUGAUGGACAGCUUGUCCUUCUUACCAAUGAUGUCACUCUGAAGAUCAAAGCCAUGGCAGAAGGUUUGAAUUGUGAGACAGUAGAGGAAUUCCGUGAGAGUCUGGUGAACCCCUUUUCUGAGAGGUUCAUGUGGUCUGACAGCUCUCCCAGAGGACAGACUUGGUCCUACUUAGAUGAUGUAGUUCUAAGGGAGAAAUAUUACCGCUGCCCUCUGAAGAAGGCAUCAAAGGGAGGAGAAAGUGCAAAGGGUUUGAAGCUGAUACUCCUCCAUAAUUCUCAUUAUGGGAAGAUCGGUUCAAUCAGCUAACACCGAUUAAGGCUGUCUUUUAACAAUGGUAAUUGUUCUGAUAUCAAUGGAAAUUGAUCUUUUCAGGCUCUAGCUUGGGCUCUGUUUCAUUUCUGAGGAAGCUGUAUCUGUUUUGGUGAUUGCAGUGGCUAUUCAUUGGUCAUGAAAUGUUGUGAGAUCAAUAUUAUAUCAUUCCGCUAAUAUUCUUACUUGCCCA